CCAAACCCCCCAAACAUUUUUCGCUCCUUUGCUAGCGAUGAAAGAGCUCAUUUUUGCUGGUCACAUUCACCGCUGCUAAAAUAGCGCCACGCCAGCGGAAAUUAAAGAGUAGAGGGGCUGGGCUACGGGAUUUCCCCCUCCCUGCUUACCAUUUCCCUCAGCCAGACGAUUUCCUGUGGGGGAGGGGAAGCAGCCGCUGUAUUGAUCCUUCUCCGAGCCGUCUAAAGGGGCUUCUCUGGUGUCCCCUGCUGAGAUCGCUGAGAAAGGGGCAGGAACAACCGCCGCCAGGAUGUUUUCUUUUAAUAUGUUUGAUCAUCCAAUUCCCCGGGUUUUCCAGAACCGCUUCUCAACCCAGUAUCGUUGCUUCUCAGUGUCCAUGCUUGCAGGACCUAAUGACAGGUCAGAUGUGGAGAAAGGCGGGAAGAUAAUUAUGCCACCAUCUGCCUUGGAUCAACUCAGUCGACUUAACAUUACGUACCCUAUGUUAUUUAAGCUGACUAAUAAAAAUUCAGAUCGAAUGACGCAUUGUGGUGUGCUAGAAUUUGUGGCUGAUGAAGGCAUUUGUUACCUUCCACAUUGGAUGAUGCAGAACUUGCUUCUGGAGGAAGGAGGCCUGGUGCAGGUAGAGAGUGUUAAUCUUCAAGUGGCUACUUACUCAAAAUUCCAACCACAAAGUCCAGAUUUCCUUGACAUCACCAAUCCCAAAGCUGUAUUAGAAAAUGCUUUGAGAAACUUUGCUUGUCUAACCACCGGGGAUGUUAUUGCCAUCAACUACAACGAGAAGAUCUACGAGCUUCGGGUAAUGGAGACCAAACCUGAUAAAGCUGUGUCCAUCAUAGAGUGUGAUAUGAACGUGGAUUUUGAUGCACCUUUGGGAUACAAAGAACCAGAAAGACACACACAACCUGAGGAGAGCACAGACGUUGAAGCAGACCACAGUGGCUAUGUGGGUGACCUAGGAUUUCGUGCAUUCUCUGGCUCUGGGAACAGGCUAGAUGGCAAGAAGAAAGGUGUUGAGCCUAGUCCCUCGCCAAUUAAACCAGGAGACAUUCGAAGAGGAAUACCCAAUUAUGACUUCAGAAUUGGUAGGAUCACAUUCAUUAGAAAUUCACGACCACUAGUCAAGAAAGUUGAAGAGGAUGACUCUGGCAGCAGGUUCAUUGCGUUUUCAGGAGAAGGCCAGUCCCUGCGCAAGAAGGGAAGAAAACCAUAAGUUAUGGAACCUUUGGCAAAUUGGGGAGAAUAAAAUAACAUUGCAGUGCA